UUCAUUUGGCAUGUCUCUCACACCAGUUCUUCUUCUCAGGGAUUACUUACUACCUCUUGUAAGUUCUCAUUCGAUUCUAUUUUUGCUUGAAUUCUGUUUCAGCUGAUGAAACGCUUGUUAUCAUCUUAGCCGUUUCGUUUUCUACUCUUUCUAGUUAUAAAAUUUUGACUUCUUCAAGAGAAUUUUUUUUGGGUUCCAAUCAAUCAGAUUGCUAUGAUCCUCUGAAUAGAAUUUUCUUGUUGAUAUAGGGACUUGUGUUGUUGAGUUUGAGCCUAUAGUGAUCAAAUGGGAUUCUCAUAUGAAUUUUACUCAAAUUUUGUUACUUUUUUAAUCUUAUAACUGUAGACAAAAGCUUAUCCUUUUAUUGGUUACAAAUCGUAUGAACAUUUGAUUCUAUGCUUUUUGCUUUGCCAUUAAGCAAUUGAUUUUUUUUAGUUUGCUUGUUUCCGGAUUAUGGGAAUGAAGCUUCACUGGGAUUAAGAAUCUGUAAGUAAUAUGUUUUUGUUUAAUAAGCUUUAGGCUUAUAGAUAUGUUUUUUUAAAGUUCUAAGUUAGUGUUGUGUUUGUUACUCUUAAACAUACUUAAAAAGCUACUAAAUGAGUGCUAUUCAAUAAUGUUCUGUUUGAUUUCGAUGGAAUAAUUUAGUGUGACUGAUGUUGCUUUUAUGUCGCUUAUGUAUUAUUGGUGAUCUAUGUGUAAAACAUGUGUUGCAGGAUAGUAAUGAACCGAAGUAAAGAAGAGAACGUUGCUCCGACAAUGAAAGAUGAUAGUCCAUUUGGAAAGCUUACAGAGGAUCUCUUGAUAGAGAUAUUUAUCAGAAUUCCAAUAACAAAUUGGGAACAAGUAUCGUGUGUUAGAAAGCAGUGGGCUAAUUUAUUCCGCGGAGAAUGCUUAUGGCUGGCUGCUCUUAAUCGGGCGUAUCCACUUGCUAGCAAAACUAAGAGCUGGAUUGGACCAAUUCGUCAAGGAUUAAGCAAACGGUGACUGGAAACACACUUGAUUUCUAUGAAAAAAGCUAGCUUAAUAAUGUCUUAGUUAGAUUCAAGGAACUUAACAGCCUUUUAGCUGCAGGAGAUAUGUGGCUUUAUACAUCAGCAGAAACAUAUUAGGUGUGGAUGAUACAGACAUAGAUGAGAUGCUUGGACAUAUUUACGUGUUCUUGAAUGAUCAGCUUCAACUUUCCACUAUGCCUGCUUCAGGCAUUUUGCAUGGAACCCUUAUCGACCAAUUGAUUGUUUGUGGCCAAUCGAAAGAAGAAGCUGGUGAGCUUGCAACAAAGAUUUGGCUGGCUCUUCUUGACAAUUUAGAGGACACAAAACAUACAUUUACCGUGCUGAAAUCAAUCGCACAAGAAUAUGAUGGCUUUCUUCCAUAUCCAUAUUCAAGACCAAUCAAAGUGCAGUGGAAGGUGUUCGAGAAACUGUUUGUAGAUUUCCGUGACUUGCUUGAUCAUUCAGAGUACUGCGACUUAAUAGGAAUUGCCAAAAAUAAGUUUCAAACCAUACCUUAUGUUUGGUUAGGCUACUAAACUUAGCCUGCUUCUUCCAGUUUCCACAGCCCUGUAAAGUAAUUUGAGGUCCAAUUCUACAACAUACUUGUACAUAAGACAUUCAAAGUCUGCAUCUUGUAAGAAAGAAAGACGUGUAAAAUGCAGAUUCUUGGCCAUGUAUAAUUCGUGGUUCGUUUUAAAGCAAAAGUCAAACAUUUUGUUGACUAUUUUAACUUCUUCGUUACUUGCUAAGUUCAGUUAUCCAUCCACUUUAUUCUUCUUCUUGGAAAUGGCUCUCAUGAAAGUAAUGACGAUUCUGGUUCUCUUCGUCUCGGUGUCAUCGACCUUGGCGCAAUCCAACAAUGGCGGUCACAUUUCGAUAAUCGUCUCGGAAACAGGUCUUGAAUUUGCUAAAGAUUACCUCAUCAAGAAAGUGAUCACUACGACGCUUCCACUUCAGCUACCAGACAUUGAGAAUAAGGUUAAGAUCCCUCUAAUCGGGAAAGUUCGAAUGGGUCUAUCGAAUAUUCAGAUUGAUGCAGUUCAUGUCCAGUCUUCGAAGAUGGAGACUCGAAAAGAUGGAAUCAUUUUGAGUGUUUUAGGUGCUACAGCAAAUUUGAGUAUGGACUGGUCUUAUACUUACAGAGCUUCCUUCUUUGAGAUUUCUGAUCAUGGAGAUGCUUCUGUUGAGGUUAAAGGAAUGAAUGUGAGAAUCACUGCCACUUUGGUUAAUGAUAAUGGAAGUCUAAAGAUUGCCUCACGGGAAAAUGAUUGUACAGUAAAGAACAUUGAUAUUCAUAUCAAUGGUGGUGCUUCUUGGCUAUAUCAAGGGGUGGUUGAUGCAUUUCAAAAAAUGAUUAUAUCUACUGUUGAAAAAACUGUCUCUACUAAAAUUGUAGAAAAAAUGAAGAAGCUUGAUUCUUUCUUGCAAUCACUUCCAAAACAGAGAAAGAUUGAUGACUCUGCUGCAGUGAAUCUCACUUUUACAGGCAACCCUGUCUUAGGGAAUUCGUCGGUUGAAGUUGACAUCAAUGGUUUAUUCAUGCCAAAGGGUGAUGAUAUUAAAGUUGCAGGGUCUCGUUCUUCUUCCUUCUUUGGUGGGGUUAAUAAGAGAAUGGUGACAAUUUCAGUAGAAGAAGGAGUUUUCAACUCUGCAACACUUGUCUACUUCAACGCUAAGGUGAUGCAUUUAGUUAUGGAGGAAACAAAGAACGGGUCCAUUCUAAGCACAUCUGACUGGAAACUCAUCCUUCCAGAGCUGUACAAACAUUAUCCAGAUAAUAAAAUGGUGCUUAACAUGUCAGUAACAUCUCCUCCUGCUGUUAAAAUCACAGAGAAUGGAAUUGAUGCGACGAUUCAGCUAGAUAUAGCGUUCGAUGUUCAAGACUCUGGAGAAAAUCUAUCUGUAGCACGCCUAUCAACAAUUCUGAGUGUUGCGUGUUCUACAGAAAUCGUAAAGAAUAAUCUAAUCGGUAGCCUCAGAUUAAAUGAUUUCAAUGCAACAAUGAAGUGGAGUAAAAUUGGAGAGUUUCAAACAAACUAUGUUCAGGCUGCUACGUCUAGGAUUCUUGAAGCCUUGUUUUUGCCGUACGUAAACACACGUCUCAAGAGAGGAUUCCCUUUGCCGAUUCCCGGCGAUUUCACGAUCAAAAACAUAAAGAUUGUUUAUGUUAAUAGUGGCAUUUUGGUAUGUACCGAUAUCGGCACUAGCACAAACCAGUAAGCAAGUAUUAUAUAGCUUCUUAGAUUGCAUGUACGUAAGCCUGAAGAAAUAUAAUGACAACCAUAAUUGUGAUUUGAACCGUUUGGAACUUCCCCUCUAAGAAGCGUUUUGACGAGAUCUCUUUAUUUCUUUGGCUACUUGCAUUAUAUCUGGAACUUCCCCCCCUAAGACCA